AUGUACCCACCGAAGCCACUUUCCACUAAAGUUUUGAUGAGUUUAUUAACAGUUUUGCUGGCCCUGGGUGCUACGUUUGGUAAUGGUUCAAUUCUGGCCGUUAUCGCACGAUUUAAAUCCUUUCGAACUGUUCCAAACACACUUCUCGCAAAUCUUGCUGUGGUGGACAUGCUAAACAUAGCCAUCAACAUGCCGAUCUACAUGAUUUCUGUCACGUUAGAGGCGGGUUGGUUCAGAGGACAGAGUCUGGCGAUCAUGUCCAGCUUCUUCAACCGAUUACUUAUAAUACUCAACCUUGCAUCCAUGCUGGCUUUGAUGGCAGAUAUGUACUUUGCCAUGGCCUUUGAUCUGAAAUGUUUCGCUUGGAAAAGUACCUACAAAGCUGUGGUGUCCUCGUUUAUCAUCUGGUUCAGUGGCACCCUGAUUGUGGUUCUGUUUUCCAUCCCCUUGCUCCGCAUUGACCUUGGUGACGUUCAAGUUAUUGAAUACAGAGCAAAGAUCUACCGACAGGGAAAGUACUACAAUGCAGCGUUCAUGGCUCUCUUUACAAUAUGUUGUGGAAUACUAGGUUUUCUCACCAUACGCGCAAUCAGAAGGAAGAAAAAGAAGGUGAGUGGCAGGUCACCAGGUUUGCAAAAAAAAUGUAACAACAAAUAAGUAAUGCUGUCUUACAGGUAGUUAGGGAAAAAAAACUGUUUGCCUCUAAAGGAAAACUAAUAAACCUAUACCGUUUUUCAUGCGAAAAAAAUUAUCGAAAAUCCGUUACUGGUAUUAUACAAUCAGAACGUAGGCUAUUCAAAGCUUUUAAUCAAGAAUGCGUAGAUAACAUAAGCAAAUCUUAUCUUUUCGCCUUUGUCUUAAGAAUACGCACAAUUACGGCAAUUUCCUUGGUCAGCGAGCAGUGCCUACGCUAAAACACAAUAGCUAAUGACUGAUUGUCUUCCCAGCUCCAAGAAAUUUACAUUUGACGGCGUCCUUUUUCUUUUAAGUAAAACAACUUUCAUUACAAAGUGUUAGUUCAAGAAAUUAAGGUCAGUGCAUGGUUUGGCCUCUCUUUUUGCUGAUUUUCUAUCCCAGCGCAGGCUUGAAAAACAGAAACGGGGGAGUUAUUAAACAUACUUUCCGCUCUUGCUUUUCGUUUUCAAUUGUCGAUUUUUUUUUCCGCUUAAAACGAAGCUAUGCGAAUUCUUGAUGCGACGACCUCGCAAAAGAAUUUUGCACAUGUCAAAUCCCAAAAAUUGCAAACAUUCAAGUAAAAAUUAUUUCAUUUGUUAAAUCCAUAAAUCGUUUCACAAAAGAAAGACUUACUCACUCCAGUAGCUGCUUUCUAAAGCUCACUUUGUCAUAAAAACCAUAAGAGAAAAUCGACUCCGUUUUAUCGUUGUUCGUUUUAUGUACAUAUGAACCUAAGAGUAAGUAAAAUGAAGACCCAGGUUGAGGGAUAUCACUUGAUUGAACUUAUAAAACGGUGGGAGGCGCGUUUGGCUGAUGCCGCCCCUUCUAGGGGUUUCCAAAUUUAGCAUGAUCCAUGUAUUUGGACCUCAUCAGAACAAACGACGCUCUACAUGUGCUGGAGAGGAGGGAGCAGUUACAGGAUUAAAAUUUUAAAACUAGUAAUAGUUGAAACUACAGCUGCUCCCGCUCUGUAAAUUGUCGGUCAAUAGUAUUCUUGCUCGUUGUGUAGCUCUUUGAAAUAUACCGAUUCAUAAUGAAGAUUUUCACACAUAUUGCAUACAAUAGGUGAGAAAAAUAUAGACUACGAGUAGUCCCCCAUUUUUCCUCAGGGAUAGUAGAGCGGGCGAAACGCGUGCGCGCGUGAAAAUCACCCCAUGCGAAAAAAGGCGACACGGCGCCGCAUGUCGCCCUUUUUCGCGUGGGGUGAUUUUCAAGCACGCACGCGUUUCGCUCGCUCUACUAUCCCUGAGGAAAAAUGGGGGACUACUCGUAGUCUAAGAUAAAUACAGGAAACGCAAGGUUCCAUGCACAGUUUCAGUUCGAUUUACACAGCUUUGAUCAAAACAUUCUCAGUUUCGAGAACAGUUUAUUCUAAACCAUAAGAAAAGAUUAAAUUAGACGUUGAAUUUUUCGCUAUUUCUUACCGGAAAGUAAGCCUUAGAAAUUAAAAGGACAUUUGAUCAAUUCACGCUCUCCCAUUCUAGUCUUAUUUUAAACUUAACCGAGGAAGAACAUCUGUGAGCAGGGAAUAAGUUAGCACAGAAUUUGAUUGUCGGCGAAUUUCUGUAAUCGUUCAUCGUUCUGCUAAUGAUAAGCUCUCCGUUGUUCACUCGUCUUGCUUGUUUGGGGCUGAGUCUUAUUCCAGACAAAGAGAGAGUGUCUGUCAAGGUUUCCAAUCUCAAAGAUUUGUGAACUCGUGUCUGGCAAACUCUCCAAGUGUUUAUAUAUACGCAGUUAUACGCACAUUAUAACUUCAUUUGCGUUUAACCGGUGUCUUUUAGUCCAUGACUUUCAAAACAACUGCUUCACAGAAUGUCACUGAUAACACGUAACGCAGAAGAGUAUUGAACAGGAGCAUAAUCCUGACAUUGCUUGGGAUAUAUGGCAACAUAUGUUCUUAGACAUUGCUGAUAGCCAUGCACCAUUAAAGAAGAAGAGAGUGAAAGGAAUCUCUUCCCCCUGGAUUACUCCAGAGCUAAAAAGGCUAAUGUUUCAGAGAGACAAACUCAAAAAAUUAGCCCCAAGGUUCCCAACAGAUGGCAAUUGGACUUCUUACAAACACAUGAAGAAUAAGGUUGCCUUCUUCAAAGAUAACCGCAGAAACAUAAAGAAUACUUGGAAAGGAAUUAAUAGACUAAUUGGAAAUGAACCUAAAUUUAAUAAGAUAACUCAGCUGGACACUGGGGAUACUGUAAAUACUGAACCCGUCGAAAUCAGUAAUAUACUCAACACACAUUUCUCCAAAAUAGGACCUUCCUUAGCCUCUGAAAUUAAAGAUACAUCCAGUAAUUUUACUGAUUAUAUUACCCCCGCAGAACACAUUUUUAAUUUGGCAAAAGUAUCAUGCCAGGAGGUCUUCAAUUUAAUUUAGAAAAUACCGAGUAAUAAAGCUAGUGGUCUUGAUAACAUCUCAGCACGUCUCCUGAAAGAAGCGUCUCCCAUAGUUACUCGCAGUCUAACUUUUAUAAUAAAUCAGUCAAUUACCACUGGAAUAUUUCCAAAUGCUUGGAAACGAGCUAGAGUUUCGCCAAUAUUUAAAGAAGACCUCAGGACUGAUCCUAACAACUACAGACCUAUCUCAGUUCUGCCUGUAGUAAGUAAAUUAAUUGAAAGAGUUGUUUUUAAUCAAUUGUAUGAAUAUUUAAAUAAUAAUAACUUGUUAACUGAAUCACAGUCUGGCUUCAGACCUAUGUUUUCCACUGAAACAGCUUUACUUGAGGCUACGAAUGAAUGGCUAUGGAAUAUUGACAACAGUCUCUUAAAUGGUGUGAUAUUCCUGGACUUGAAAAAAGCUUUUGAUACCGUGGAUCAUGCUAUCCUUCUGGGAAAGCUUAAACUCUAUGGGGCCAGUUCUUAAUCUCUUAAAUGGUUCCAGUCCUAUCUAUCUGACCGAAAGCAACAAACGUUCAUUAAUGGAGUUCAAUCUGAUUUCUGUAAUAUAACAUGUGGUAUUCCACAGGGGUCUAUUUUAGGCCUUCUCUUAUUCACUAUUUAUAUUAAUGAUUUCCCUUCAUGUAAUUUGUUUUCAAAACCCAGAAUGUAUGCAGAUGAUACUACCCAUACCACAUCUGCAGAAGACCCAUGUGUCCUUGAACAUAAAAUGAAUUAUGAUAUGAAUUUAAUCCAGUCAUGGCUGUCAGCAAACAAAUUAACUUUAAAUGUUAAGAAGACUAAAUACAUGCUUAUAGGGAGCCAGUUUAAGUUAUCCCAAAUAAAUAGUGACUUCACAGUCAAAGUCAAUAAUACACCCUUAGAAAGAGUAAUUAAACAUAAAUCCCUUGGAGUUCAAAUUGAUGAAUCUUUGAACUGGCGCCCACACAUUCAUACCAUUUCAAAGAAAAUAUCCGCUGGUAUUGCUAUCUUAAGGCGUGUAAGUCAUUUUAUACCAUUUGAUACUAGAGUGAAUAUGUACAAUGCACUGGUAAUGCCAUAUUUUAAUUACUGUGGUGCCGUAUGGGGUAAUAUCAAUAAGGGACUAGCACACAAACUUCAAAAGCUGCAGAAUAGGGCUGCUAGAAUUCUCACCUUUUCUAACUAUGACGUUCGUUCAAGUGUUUUGUUGGAUGAGCUUGGCUGGGAAAGGCUAGAAUAUGUAAGACUUAAACAGUUGGCUGUGACAAUCUAUAAAAUCCAUAAUAAUCUUUCCUCGUCGUAUCUGAGGCGGAUCUUUACCAACACCUCAAAUGUACAUUCAUACAAUCUUAGAAAUUCUGAGUUAAAUUAUUAUGUCCCCAGACCCAGAACUGAGUCUGCAAAAGGGAGCCUACACUACAGAGGAUCUGCUCUGUGGAACAAGAUUCCCUCAGAGAUUAGAAAACUGCCUAGUUUAAAUGUUUUUAAAACUUCAAUUCAUGGGAAAGAUUUUUCUAAUACACCAUGACCCAUUGUAACUCUUAUUAUUCAUAAUGUAAGUUUUUGUAUUUUUAACAUUAUAUUCAAUAGUUCCUUAGAGUAUUUCAUUCUAGUGUUAAACACGAUUCCUAGGAAGACCAUGUAAAAUGAUACGAUUCCGUGUAUAAAUAAAGAUUGAUGAUGAUGAUGAGUAUCGAAGUAUGACUGCACAAUUGAUGUCACAAAAUCUACCAAAGCGGUCCCUUCGGGAUUUUCUGUCUUUACGUCAUCCUAACCAUUCGUACUUGCGGGCGCAAACAAUAGGAACGUCAUCAUUACCUACCGAUUCCUCACGGCCCCUGUUCAAGCAAAUCGAGAUUUUUUCUGGCAUACUGCGGACUGUAUGUUUCAGCUGUAAGUACUUUCGUUAAUAUACGCGCGAGUUACUAGAGUGCCUCCUCGGGAUUUCGCCUUCUGGGCGAAAUCCCUGCGGGGGCAAUAAGUACGGAUAUCCGCGAUGAAACAUAUCCAUAUUAAUGCUAAUAAUUAUCCUUACCAACAAAACUCUUCUUCCCCCCACCCCUUCCCCUUGGCCCACUUGCGACGAUCUGACUGGUUCCGAUAAGUAAUCACUAAAUGUGAACAAAACUCUUUGAAAGAAAAAAUGUAUUUAACAAUUAUUUUCAGAUUCUCUUACUUCGGUAUGGACACUGUAUGCCGGACUACCUAAGAGUUUGUAGGGGACCAUGGAUUAUUGCGUGCCCUACAUUACUUUGUGCUCCGCAGGGUUUCUUCUUCAGUUUUAAAUCGGUUCCUCAUCCAAUACGUCCUCCCCCUGGCAUGAAAUAAACAAAAGCACCCGAUGCCCUAAGGUAACAGCUUUACGAACAUCCUUGACCAUUAUCUUAGCAGUUUGUCUUUCAUUUCACAGAAAGUAGAGAUGAACCUACCUGCUCUUGAAGACCAAGCUCGAGUACAGAACACUAUCAAGGCCUCCAAGACAAUUGCUAUAACUAUAGCUGCGUAUUUCCUCUCCUAUCUUCCAGCAGUUGCCUACGCGAUACUGAGCCAACAGGAAGCAAGCCCGACCAACUCGUGGUUUGGGUUCAUCGCAUGGUACGCUACAUACUUUUCCAGUGCAGCAAAUCCCUUUAUCUACUAUUAUCGAUCCAGCCGAUUUCGUUCCUCACUCAGGCAGUUCGUCAAAGAUCCCUUUGGAGAAACUGACUUUAAAGAAAAUCCACAAGACCGUAAACGAAAAGGCAAGAAUGACGUUGAGGAAAUCACCGGGUUAGGGGGAAAUUAGGGACUUUAAGAUCUGGGACGCGACGACCUCUAGAACGCGGUGGCUGAUAAAGGACUGGACCUGUAGAACGCCGUCGUUUGCGCGCGAAAAGUAAAGUUAAGAUCUCUGUCGCGAUGCAAGACGACGCGGCUGCAAACCGCUCUUUAUCAGUCUGAUUCUUCGGCGAUUCUUUCGCAGAAAUAGCCAUGGCAUCAUUUAAGAAAGUCCAAGAAAUGCUUUGUUUGUGCUUUGUUCGAUAGCAUCACCUCCACUUCUUGGUUGACGCUUCGGUUUGUCAUCGCUUUCAUCCUCUGAUGAACCUCUUUUCUUCGUCUCUGACAGCUUCUCCAUCGCUUUUAGUCUAACAUCUUUCACUUUAGCCCGAUCGUAUUGACGUUUUUUGCUAGCUGUUCCCUGUGUUUCCUGUAAUUCCGCUUCGCCACUUUCCUCCAACGCGAUGAUCAUAUCCAAGAGGUUUUCUAGUUCCGUUGGCUCAUCGGGAGUUAUCCCAGUUGCUUUUUCCUCCGCUAGUAGUUUCUUCUUAUGCUUGUAAACAAGGAUUCCCACGUGGUCUCGGACUGAUCGCUUAUCAACCCUGAAUUUCGGCACAGUGAAUUUGUUCAAGUUGUCUGCUAUUUUUUCCCACAUUCUACUUCUUUGUGUUGACCCUUUCUUAGUUGUGUAGGGAUUUACAUUGACGACUUCUCUGCAUAGAAUGGCUUCAUGAUCAUGAGUCCAAAACAUUACUGAACUGAAGAGAAGCAUAAAAACACACGCAGUUUAAUAAAAUUAAAUUAAAUAAUACAGGCUUAAAAUUGGCUUUUAGCCGCAGAUGAACGCAAUAAAUCGAGAAUUGCAACGGUACAAGAGACGAGAAGAGUAUGCAGAAGACUCCAGCAUUCACUAUUUGCAGUUUUAGCUCGUGACUUACUUGCAAGCCUCGCUCGAAGUCGAAGUCGAAGGCGCUGCCAUUUUAUAAGCUUCGUACACCUGAAAGAAAUUUAAAAAUGAUCAAAAUCCUUCCAUCUCUGCGAUCUAAAAUGUCGCCAGAAAUUACGUCCAAUGAUCCUAGAAGGCUGAUGUUACAUGUUUAGAGGAAUAUACCAUCAUUUAAUUCAAGCACAGGAACAAAUAUACUCACGUUUUGUGCAGAACGUCAAACUCGCAAAACCCACGUUCUCGACGCGACGUGGUGACACGAGGACAACGGCUUGAGCAUGCGCAACAUGUCUCCUCUUUGAAAAUCUACUUCCUGUCGCGUCUUACAGCCGUCGCGUCUCGGAUCUUAAAGUCCCUAUUAUCAUGGUACACGACGAGAUGGUAUCACAGUUUGGUCAAUCGAAGCAAUGCAAUCACAUCUCUUCAACCUUGAGCACAGUGGAAGCACUGGAAUAGCAAAUCAACUGCCAAAAAAGCACAUUUCUGCCGCCUUUUUGCAUCAUGUGAUCGUGGCAUUGUCUCCAGCCGUAGCAAGACAUUCAGUUGAGGGAAAGGAAAAUUUUGCUCCAAAACGUGAAAGGCAGAGGUCAAAUGAAAAGAAGGAAGAAAAAAAGAACAAAACAAAUCAAGUGUCCCAGCAAAUUAGGUCAGAAGGAGAUAUGAUCAAUAAACGAAAGAUCUUCUUUUCAAAAGGGAAAGUCUAUCCGUUGAGCAAGUCAUGUGAAAAUAUUUUCUGUUACAAGAAGGAAGAGACUGAGGACAAAGGAAAUGAAGUGCUCCGGCAAAUAAGUUCAAAAAGAGAUAAGAUAGGCAAAGGAAAGAUCUCAUUUUCAAAAACACAGAUACGUCCGUUAAGCAAGUCUUGUGAGAAUAUGAAAUACUUUUCUUAG